GGCUUCUCGGGCCACGUCUCUUCCCAGUGCACGGUGCCGCGCAGUCCAAUCUCGGCUGAGGAGCUGCGUCGGGCCGUGAUUGGCAAGGUGUCUAAAGCUCGUCGGACAGAGCCGGCGCCGGAGGCAGCGACGGCCAUGGGGCGGAUGCUGUUGGAGCCUAGGCAGGACGCGCCCGGGGCGCCGUCCUCGCCAGUUGCACCCGACUUCCCCCCCAUGAUGGCCGUCGACUUGUCCCCGCUAGCACGUGCCGAGGUGUGCAUUGUGCCGCGGUCGGAGGGGAUGGAGGACCUGGAGCGUCGGCUUCAGCUGGCGGUGGUGGUAUAUGUGGGCGGCGCAAGGCCGCCGGUCUCUUGUGUGGACGCUGCCAUCGCCAUCUCCGAGCAGCUCAACAUCCCAAGGCAUCGUUUUUCGGUGCACAAAUUCCAUCCUGAAGACUUCUUGAUUGUCUUUGCGUCGCACGAGCUCAGGAACAGAGUGUUGGGUGUGCCUUUGGUUGAGCAUCAGGGUGUCAAGCUUUACAUCAAGCCUUGGCUGAGAUAGGCGCAAGCUAAAUCCAGGUUGAUGCGCAUUCAGGUCGACCUCAUGAUCGAGGGUGUGCCGUCGCAUGCGUGGUCGAGGGAGACGGCCACGGAGCUGCUGGGCAAUUCCUGUCUGAUCGAGAGUUUAGCACCGGAGACCGCGAGCAGAGAG